AUGGAGUCAGCAGAAAGUCCAAAGCCUCUUGUUUGGAUCAAUGGCUUCCCGGGUGUUGGCAAGCUCACAGUCGCAAGAGAACUUUUAAUGCUGUACACCAAAGCACAGGUGGUACUGAUUGACAACCAUCAGCUCAUCGAUCCUGUUGCUGCCCGAUUGCAGCGUGAUGAUCCCGAAUACUAUGUGGAGCGUCGUAAGGAGCGACAGAAGGCUCUCGAGCGGUGGGCGCUCAAUAGAGACGAGAGACAUAGAUUGGUCGUCUUCACGGGUGAUCCAUUGACCUGCUCUAUCUGUAUCACCCGAGAUCUGACUCACAAAGCAGACUAUCAAUCGAAGAACGAACUCAGCAGCGCGGUUGGAGCAGAAUACAAGGACGCUGCGCUAAGAGCAGGACGCGUCUUCAUACCGGUCGUUCUGCAUUGCGACCAAAGUGAAAAUCUGAAACGAGCUGUAUCGACGGAGCGGCAGGAGUCUGGUACUACGAAGCUCACAGACGUCGAAAUUCUGGCAGAGCUUCGUGCGGAACAUGUUAUGCUGACUUUCGAUCAGCCCACUCAAUUAGGACUGGAUGUGAGCGAGCUGAGUCCCAGUGUCGCAGCAAGGAAGCUGUAUGAGCAUAUUGCGUGUAUCGAGCUGCACGUUCAAUUGAAAUCUUGA